AUGUUUGGGGUCCCCUCUCGAACUUUAAGAGACCGUGUAUUGGGACACAUAGAUGCAGGCAACUACUGUAUGGGAGGUGAAACGUUGUUUACACGGGAUGAAGAAGAAACCCUCGUUGAGCACGUGGAGACUUUAGCAGAGUUGGGCUAUGGGUAUACCAACGUCAGGUUACAACAAUUAGCAGGCGAAUUAGCAUUUGAUUUAGGUAAAAAGAAGAUAAAUAAAGCCAUGAGUAAUAACUGGUUGGCUGGAUUUUUGCGCCGAUGGAAUGACCGCCUUUCGUCCGUUAACCCCCGUAAGCUUGAGAGUACGCGUGCCAAGUGUGCAACCCCUGAAGUUCUUGACAAGUAUUUUGAAAACCUAAAACAGGUUUUAACUGAAAACGACUUACUUGACAAGCCACAAUUCAUUUAUAACCUAGACGAAACCGGACUUCAACCAGAACAUCGCCCACCCAACAUAGUUGCAAACCCUAGGACAAAGCCACAGGCCAUUACUUCGCCCAGAAGCACUACCACAACUCUGAUUGCUUGUGAAAAUGCACUCAGAAAUUCUCUUCCUCCAUAUUUCGUUUUCAAAGGUAAACGGUGGAAUCCAGACCUCAUGAAAGGAGCCACAGCUGGUGCCAAAGGUGUACUGUCCGAAUCCGGUUGGUCAAAUGGCGAAAUCUUCCAAGACUACCUGAAGACCCAUUUCAUACCGUAUGUAAGACCUACACAAGCCAGUUCUCAACCUAUACUUCUCAUCUAUGAUGGUCAUAGUUCCCACAAAACACCACAGUUGAUUAGCUGGGCCAAGGAACAGGGUCUAAUUUUGUUUGUUUUACCGGCUCAUUCUUCACACUUACUACAGCCUUUGGACGUCUCAAUUUUCGGACCAUUCAAGAACUACUACUAUUCAGAGUGUUCCACAUAUAUGCAUCAACAUUUAGGUCAAACAAUCACCAAAUAUGAAAUUUGUUCAAUCGCCUGCAGAGCAUACUUGAAAGCCAUGACACCUUUGAAUAUUCAAGCUGGAUUUCGCAAAACAGGUAUUUACCCACUUCGUAAAGAGGUCAUAUCACCAGAAAAGCUUAUUCCAUGCGAAAGUUUCAGGGAAGAUAAGCCCAUAGAAAAGGUAAAGGCAAUGAAAGCUGGAAAGGAUGCUGUUGGUGAAUUCCUCCGCAUAAAGGAAGAACGCCAGCAACGGGAAAUGUGUUCCACUUGCAUAUGUGGCAAGAAAAAGGUACAGAAACCUAAUGCAGCUGGCACAGCUAUCACCGGAGACAAAUACAUGGAGGAACUUGAAGAAUACGAAAAAAAUAAAACCAUAAACAAGGCUAAAGCAACACAGAAGACAAUGCCACUUGACAGUCCAAAGCCAUCAACAAGUGGAAAUAACAUUAACAGAACCAAACCAGUCACUGUUGAUUCUGAUACAGACUUUGAUGAUGAAGAAACAAACGAAAGUGACGUCUGCUGUGUUUGUAAGAAGAGCUCUCCACCGGCAAUUCAUGAGCUACCCGCAUUAAAAAUUGUCAACUGGGCGCAAUGUGACAACUGCAUGCAUUGGGUACACCUUGCAUUCUGUACAUCAACAAGAGUUGUAAGACGACACAGCACCUUUCUAUGUCCACACUGCACACAAUGA